GGAGUUGGUUUGCGGAAAUCAUUUCUAAAGAUUGGUUAUUUUUUAGUUUGCAAAGCACCGUGGCCAAUGUUUUUUAAAAAGUUUCGUGAACAUUGACUAACUUAGAGAUACCUUAACCCUUAGACAAUGUGGGCACAACUCAUAAAUCUUCUAAAUCUAUUUUAUAUAAUCCGUUGAUAAUAAUAUAAACUACAUUAAACUGAUAAGCGAUCACUUUGCUAAGCUUAUCCUAACAAACACGAUAAUUCUAAACUUCGCGUAAUAGAACACGAUAAAUCUAUCCCUCGCAAAAUAGAACACGAUAAUUCUAAACUUUGCAAAAUGGAGCAUGAUAAUUGCAAAACCUAAAGUUUUAGUAUCUCUAAAUUUUAAACUAAACACUGUUCAAAAUAAUGCGCUGAAAAAGUACACACACACCCACAACAAGUACACACACCCACAACAAGUAAUAAAAAUACCUUAAAUAAGUUUAUAAAUUGUAAUUUUAAUUUUUUUCGUUUAUGUGCGUCAAUAACAAGGAAGUUAAAUAUGCUAUAAAAAGACAAUAUUUUGAGUGUGCUAGUAUGUGAAGUUUGUGUUAUUUAAGUGAAUCUUAUUUAACCUUACUUGAACUAUGGACAAAAUAAACAUAUUGUUUAUGGUUUUCCUAAACCUUUGUGUUUAUGCAAGAAGUGGAAAGAUACUAAAUUUAAAAAAUAAAGGAAACGAGUAUGGCUACGGUGGAUACGGAGGUGGAUUAUACAACAAAGGUUACGGAGGAUACGGAGGCGGACUUUACAACAAAGGGUACGGAUAUGGAAACAACUACUACAGUGACGAAUCAAAAAAGGAUGUUAAAGAAGACCCCACUUAUAAUUCAUACAACAAAGGCUAUGGCUUCAGUGGAUACGGAGGUGGAUUAUACAACAAAGGGUACGGAGGAUACGGAGGUGGAUUAAACAGCAAAGGCUACGGAUAUGGAAACAACUACUACAGUGACGAAUCAAAAAAGGAUGUUAAAGAAGACCCCACUUAUAAUUCAUACAACAAAGGCUAUGGCUUCGGUGGAUACGGAGGUGGAUUAUACAACAAAGGGUACGGAGGAUACGGAGGUGGAUUAAACAGCAAAGGCUACGGAUAUGGAAACAACUACUACAGUGACGAAUCAAAAAAGGAUGUUAAAGAAGACCCCACUUAUAAUUCAUACAACAAAGGCUAUGGCUUCGGUGGAUACGGAAGUGGAUUAAACAACAAUGGAUACGGAAGAUACGGAGGUCGAUUAUACAACAAAGGAUACGGAUUUGGAAGUAACUACAACAGUGACGAAUCUAAAACGGCUGUAAAAGAAGAUCCCACUUAUAAUUCAUACAAUAAAGGGUACGGGUAUGGCGGAUACGGUUAUGGUGGAUCAUAUAAUAAAGGUUAUGGAUACGGAAAAUCUUACUUCAAGGACGAAUGAAACAAAACUAUUCGACAAGUUAUUUUUAAACUAAUGUAAAUGAUUAAUUUACUAUGGCUUCCUUUUUUUUUAUUACUUGGAUCUUUUGGAACAGGAAGCAGUUUUUACUUUAAUUGUAAAAAAUGACUUUAUAAAACAAACACGGACAUAACAAAUAAAAUAAAAUAAAUAAUUU